UUAUUGUGGACCAGGUCCACCCAAGAUUUUUUGCUACACCAAACCCUGCCCCGGACACCUCGAAUUUUGACACAUCUGUUGCAAGCAGUCCAGCAAGAGCCAUUUUGAAAGUUUGGAAAAAGGAAAACGAAAAAAAAAAUAGCGCGCUAUUGACAUUGUCCACACCUCACCUUGUACUUAAAUCUUGAAAAUUCAAAAUACUCUCACUCACAUUCAUCAUCUCUGCAGACUCUGCUACAAACGGUUUCACUCUACUCCUCCAUUACACCAAAGCAGAAGCAAUCUGCAGAAAAUGCGAACUCGAUUUCUCACUCCCGACUACUUCAUCUCCGAUCAAACCCUAAAAUUCCUUCGUCUUCCUCUCUCUCCUCUACCUUCUCCUCCCAAAUCACUCUCAUCUUCCGAUGAAUUUCUUCGUUGCUGCUCCACUUCUUCCGCCAUUUCCGUUUCUCACCAGCUCCAAAACCUUCCGAUCGACGGUGCUCUCUCCAAAUUCUACUCCGAUGUUCUUCCUCACACUAUCGACACUUUUAAUGGCGAUUUGUCGUUCAAUUCCGGAAGUAGUUAUGACGAUGUUCAAAUUCCGAAGAAGGAAGCUGGCUUAUAUCAUGAAGAAAUGGAAGCUCACAGCUGUUCAGCUUCUGAUUCCGUAACACUAGAGAAUCAAUAUGCAAAGGACACUGUUGGUGAAAAGAAUUACAAUAAGGCUGAAAUUAUUCAGUUUGAAGCACCAGAACUUUCUCAAUUUAUGGAGAAUGUUUGCAUGUACGAGAAAGAAGUUCAGUUAUUGUCUGAAGUGCAAGAUUGUGAUGAUGAUUUGGGAUUGCUAAAUCUUGUGCCCACAGAUCCAUUUGGUUUUGAUGUUAAAGAUCCCGUGAAGUCAGUGGAUUCUGUUUGUCUAGAAUAUGAUAUGACCCCAAAGCUUCCGGUACUAGAUGACGUUGAUCUCUUACCAGACAAUAUCGAUCACUGUGGCACCUCCUUACCCUUGCUUGAAGUAGAAGAGGUUGGACCUGCCGAUAUUUCAUACUUUUGCUUGGAACCUCUCUUUGCAACCAUUGAAGAACAGCAUUCUGCUUGUAGUGUUGACCUUGAACAUAGUUGCCAAGAUCUGCUUGUCUCUGUGGAAAUCGAUAUUUUGGAGCAUAUUUCUGAUAAUCACUCAUCAAAGCUCCCCCUUGAAAUUUGUUUUACAAGCCUGAGUCUAGAUAUUGAUCUCCUACAAGUUGUAGAAACUCCUUACAGAGAGGAAGACAUUGGGUCGAUGGAUGCUGGACCUAUUGCUUUUGUUGAUACAUUUUUAUUUGAAGAAUUUAAGAUGCUUGAUUCAGAUUCCUUAGACAUUUUUGAGGUGAAUGCUGCAUGUCAAACAACUGAAGCAACUAAAUUGUGCAAUAUGUUCCCAGAAGACUUGCCCUUCAGAAGUUUUGAUGAACUAAUUGUCAAUUGUGAACUAGCAAUUAUUGAUGGCACUUUCACAUCACUCUCUGUCCCAGAUCUGGUUGAUGAUGAAAAUAUUUGGUCGUUACAUGUUAUUUUUGAUAAAAUGCUCACAGAAUUGGAACCAGUGCCCCUCUUCACAUCAGAUGAAAUUUAUUUGGAUUGGCACCUUCUGGGAAGGGACGAAUGCAAUGGAGAUGUAAAUGCUGCUAUUGAGAAGCUGUUCAGUGACAUUGAUGAUUAUACAAUGGGUUCAUGUUUGAAAUCUGAUGAUGGUAACAUGGUAGUGCUUGAUUUCGUUUUAUCAAAUGGUCCUUCAGAUCGAUUGAAUAUUAGGGAGAACAAGGUAAUAAUGCCAUCUGGAGUGAGCUGCACAGAAAAACAUCUGAUCAAUGAAGUCGUUUCAAUGAAGUCACCAGAUGAAGACUGCCAAAUCAUAGAAAAUAUUGGGAAUCUUACUAAUGCUGAUUUUGAGAACAUUUCAUCCGGCAAGUUGUCUGAUGAUGAUUGUCAAAUCAUAGAAAAUGUUGGAAUUUGUGAUGGUGAUUUGCAUAAGGUAGAUUCAUCCGUCGAGUCAAUGCCUCAGUUUAAUGAUCUGGAUUUUUUCUUAAAUCCUACAAGUGCUACUGGUGGUAUGAGAACUGGUAACAAACUCAAGCCAUUAGAUGCAAAAUCUGUGCUUUCUGCUAGGGGUCAGAAGAAAGAAACAGCCAGUGCAAGCAGCAUUCAUAUGCAGCAGUUUGAUGCCUGUGAAGGUGUCAUUGCCACUUCAAGUGACAGAGAUACAGCUAAGUUGGAAGCGCUACUGAACUAUGGGCCUGUCGAGGGAAAAUGCAAUAAAGUGUCUUCCGGGGCUUCAGAUGGUACAAAUACAUCCAGUUUCCCUAUACCUGUUUGUAGCACAGCUCAGGAAUCUGAACCAGCUCAUCUCUGUGAAUCUUCCCACGACAUGCCUAUCAUUAUUAACACUCAAGAUUUUGAUAAAGAUAUGAUAAUCUCUCGGAGAAGCACAUAUCAGAAGAUCUUAACUAUGGAGAAGAAAGGAGUACAAGUUGUAGAGAGGGAUCUGAUUCUACCUGUUGAUAUAAUACUUAAUUCUACAGCGUGCAUAGUGUGGUAUGACUGCAAGAAUAUUGGAAAGAAAACCACUGCUCAAGAUGAGGGUGCUUCAUGCGUUCCUCUCUGCAUUGAGAAUAUAGCUGCAAAUGUUCUGACAUCUCUGAGUUUUGCAUUCACUACCUGUGUUCUGGUAAUUGACUUCAUCUAUGCUUAAUGUAUCCGGGUGCUUUUUCUUAA